CUCAUUUCUGGAAACGACAUUUGGAUUUCCGAAAACGAUAGUUGAUUGGGUGAAAUGGAAAAGAAAAGCCGUUGUUCACUGCUACGUGUCAAUUUGGAAAAACUGUGUAAAUAAAGAAUUUCAGAUUGGAUAUAUAUAGAAUUCUACGACUGAUUUGAGACUAUGUCCCACAGCGUGAAAAAUGAUACAGAAAUCUCGGAAGGUGACUUGGUCAAGGCCAUGGGACCGCAUUCAAGAGAGCGCGCCAGUUCUGAAAGUGCAGACAAAUCAAAAUCCACAUCGCGCGAUAAUGGCGGUGCAAAACCCAAAGGAAGAUCCAGUCAUGCCAGUGUUUAUCAAACGAAUUCAUCUGGUCUACAAAAAGUGGCGUCUGAAGGAACAACUUACGCAAAAAAAGAUUCAUCAAACAACAAAAACUGGAGAAAGAAAAAAGCGAAAACUACAGAAUAUGCUGAAGGUAAAAACAGACCAAGAAGUACAUUUCUUUAUGUUGUGCUCUGUGAAGACAUACCUAACCAGAAGCUUAUUACAGAAUACUUAAGGCAACGAAUGGGUAAUCCCAAAUGCCUUGAAUUUAAGAUUGACGCUAUCGAAAAAAUGACUUCAAAUAAUGAAGGCUGCACGUUAUUGUCAAUAUCAUGUCUCAGCUUUAAACAAUCUAAGAGAGUGGAGGGGCUCUUAAAUAAAAGCAACAUGGGUUCACAGAAUAAAAUAUAUUGCUUUUUCAACAAAAUUAAAGCCUUGGGAGAAAAUCUUGGUUCGACAAAAAUGCGUGAAGAAAAAGUUACAAAAGCUUUGAAUGAAAUAAUUGAAGCUUCAGGACGUGUUUUAAAUCAACAUGACAACAAAAUUGAAUGCAAACAAUCCGAGAUCCUACAAAUUGACUGUCAGUUACAACAAAAAAGGGGUGUUGCCUUUGAUGUAUUUGAAAAAUUGUCGGCCGAAAAAAUAGCUUUAAGCGAUAAACUCGAUGAACUUUAUCUACAAAGAUCCGAAUUUAUGAACUAUCUAAAAAGCGUUAGGUCGAAGAUCACAGUGGUAAUGGAUCACGUUAAUCCUGAUGGCGAAUUACUUGAGGUGCGCAAGGCACUUGGGGUUGAGUGCAGGCGUCUGGACGCUGCAUUGCCCAUGUACGCUCGGAGGGAGGAUAUUCUUACCACUAUAAUGCACAAUCAGGUGUGCGUCAUUCUGGGAGAAACUGGCUCUGGCAAAUCUACCCAAAUUGUCCAGUAUCUUUACCAGGCAGGAUUGUCAGAGCAUGGUUUGAUAGCGUGUACACAGCCUCGCAAGAUUGCUGCCAUUUCCCUAGCAACGCACGUGUCAAAGGAGUUAGCGUCAAGUGUAGGACAAAUAGUCGGCUACCAGGUCGGAAUGCAGAGUAAGAAAACAGCGAUUACCCGCGUAUUAUAUAUGACUGACCAUAUUUUGCUGAACGAAUGCAUAAGUGACAAAUUGCUAUCAAAAUAUUGCUGCGUUGUAAUGGAUGAGGCACAUGAGAGGAGUAUUCACACUGAUCUUCUUAUUGGUAUGUUGAAACGCGUUUUAGCAGCUCGACAAGACCUUCGAGUAGUAGUUACAUCUGCAACUAUUGAUCCUGGGGUUUUUGUGGACUAUUUUGGAGGUCCGGACAAGUGUCCGGUCUUGCAGGUUUCAGGUCGAACGUUUCCAGUUGACAUUUGCUGGGAAACCGAUGAAGCUAGCGAUUUUCCAGACGACUACGAGCGUAAAGCUCUAAAUAAAGCCAUUGAAAUCCAUACUUCUGAGCCACUGGAUGGUGGAGACAUUCUUGUAUUCGUCACAUCCGCAUUAGAAACAUCGAGAUGUGUUGAGCGUUUUAAACAAAGAUGCGGUGAUAAAAAUAAUAUAUGUUUGCAGCUUCAUGGGCGUCUUAAACCAGAAGAACAACAACAUGUGUUUGAUCCUACACCAACAGGUAAACGGAAAAUAGUAUUUGCUACAAAUAUUGCAGAAACAUCUCUAACUAUAGAUGGAGUCAAGUUCGUUGUGGAUACUGGUUUAGCAAAGGAAAUGCGGUUUGAUCCUAAACGGAAUAUGAGUUCUUUGGAUGUUACACAAAUAAGUCAGAGUUCGGCAAAUCAGAGGAAAGGACGAGCGGGGAGAACGUCAGCCGGUAAGUGCUACAGACUUUACACCAAAAAUGACUUCUUCAAGAUGGAAACAUCGAGCACACCCGAGAUUUUACGAAUAGAGGUAUCACAUGCAAUUCUAAAAUUGUUUCAAUUGAUGAGCGACCCACUGGAAUUUGAUUUUGUUCAGUCUCCAUCACCUCUGGCGAUGAAAGCGGCUCAUGAAGAUCUAAUAUAUCUAGAAGCAAUUGAUGACAAUGGAAUAACUGAACUUGGAAAGUGGAUUGCACAACUGCAAGUAGAACCAAGACUGGGGGUAAUGAUCAAGAAAGGGAUAGACGACGGGAUUCCAUUAGAAGCAAUGAUAGUAGGAACCUGCUGCAACCAAAGUGUUUUCUACCGGGCUGGUACUGAAGAAGAGAAGAAAGCGGCAGACUUGAAAAAACUUGAAUUUUGUCAUGCGGGUGGUGAUUUAAUAACAAUGUUGUGUGUUUAUAGAGAGUGGGAUGCAAUCAAAGAAAAGGAGAAAGGAAAAUGGUGUAAUUCAAAAUGUAUAAAUGGAAAGUCGAUGAAAGGGGUAAGAGAUAUGGUAAACGAGAUAUGCACAACAUUGAAGAAGGAAAUGGGUUUGAAGAUUAAACAUGAGUUCACGGAACCAAUAUCAGCGAAUGAGAAAAUUAAAGCUCUCAUUUUUGACUGCAUGCACAGGAACCUAGGGUAUUACCUGGGUCAUGAAAGUGCUGGAUAUGUUAUUACCGAGCGUAACCAACGGGUACAGCUGCAUCCCUCAUCGGUUAUCUGGCCAUUAGGAUUACAUCCGACAUGGAUUGUGUUCAAUAGAGUGUUAAAAACAUCAAAUGAUUACAUAACAGAAAUAACCCCCAUUGAGCAACAAAUAAUUGCAGAUGCCAAAACUUUGGGUAAAAUUUCAGUCGAUGAAAAUAAACUGUCUUCGAUGCGAGUAGAGCUUGUACCGCCAGUUCUAGUAGGAAAACACGUGUUCUGGAAAUUUGUUGGACCAAUGCAUAAAAACAGACGCAAGGUACAGGAUGAAAUUCAGUCUGUUUGUGAAAGCACAACAGUCAUCAUAGAUGCCAUGAAACAGAGAGGAGAAAUACAACUGUACUGCAUCCCAGCAUACGCCGGAAUUGCAUUUGACCUCUUGAAUAACUAUUUGCAACCACUAUCAGAACAGUUGUCAUUUGAACGAUUGGAGGAACCCAUCGGGGCUGAAAACAAUUCCGUCCGAGCUCUUCUUGGAGAAGGGGGUCUUGUAUGUGACAUCUUGAUGCCCACACAAUUCAGAGUUCUCAACAUUAAACAAAAAAUAGGGGAAUCCUGUGAUUUAAACGAAGAUAUGCUUCGAGGAUUACUAUCGACGUUCGGACCAAUUGAAAACAUUUGGCAAAGCACUGGACAGAAACAGAACGUAUUUUGGGGGAAAGUAACUUUCACCAAUCAUUCUGAUGCUGAAAGAGCUGUAAACGAAAUCCAAAAUGAUGUUGCCAGUAACUUCUCCCUUAUACCGAUAACAUUUCAGGCCCACAUGAAUGUAAAUCAGCAUGGUUACACCAUAAAGCUUACAUGGUGUCGCCGAAAAGCAAAGGGGGUGUGUUAUGUGUAUGUAGACAGGCCAGAAGAUCUUUCUUUUUUAAUGUCAAACCGAGUCAACAUAUUAGGGAAUUCGCUUUUACUCGUGCCUGCAAAACAGCAGUCAGACUUGUAUAUUAGGAAUUUACCAGCUAAUGUUAUGGAAGAAGAUGUAGCAAAAGGCCUAGGUGAACUACUUUCUUUGUCUAAUGCUGAUACUAAAGACAGGUUUAAAAUUAUCAUCCCAAGAGAAAAUAUUAUUUGGCGUACAAACGAACUCGAUCAGACCCGGGCUGAGUUGAUUAAUAUAUUACAAAGGUACACUUUACAUGACAAAUAUGACUUGCGUGUGGUUAACUACCAACAGAAAACGGUAACAGGAGUCGCGUACGUAACUUUCAGCGAUAUGGAAGAGUGUGAGCGUGUCUUUGAGAGCCUGAUGGCUGAGCAUGAAACAAUGAACGGGAGUCGUUUAAGUGCUCAACGGGAAUGUAAGUCUUUUGUUCAUAUCAAACGACACAUAUACGGCGUUAUACAAGAAGAUAUCAUGAAACAAAUGGAACUCGUGGAAUCGGACGCGUCAAGCAUUGAAGUGCGACAGUUAAAAUCAGGACACUACUCCAUUGACAUUAAGUCUAAAUCGUUGCAGAAACUGGCAAAGGUCAAAGUUAAGAUUGAUCGGUUAGUGAACGGAAAUGUUAUUGAACAGUCUGAAAGCACAGAUAUUUUACCUUUACUUACAAAAAAUGGCAAACGAAAACUUAUUGAUAUACAACAAAGGACAAAGACAAUCAUCUGUGCGGAUGACAGGCAUAUCCGGAUCUCUGUCCAGGGACUUGAAGUAGAUAGAGCACGGGCGUUAGAAUUGAUUAUGAACGAAAUUCAAUGUUCAAGUUUGUCGAAUGAAACAGAGAUUAGACUGAAGGGGGAAGAUAACCCACCAGGUCUCAUGAAGGCAUUGAUACUGAAAUAUGGAAUGCAAUUCGAACAACUGGUAAAGGAAUCUAAUAUUUCCUGCGUGUCCUUAAACUUCCGCCGUCAGGAAAUAACGAUAACAGGUCCGGCUGAUGCCGUUGAAAAAGCAUUGGAUUUAAUUCGAGACGAGAAAAAUUCGUUGCCGAAGCUUCAGUCCGAAGAUCCAGAUCCUUAUAAAGUACCCGAUUGUCCUGUGUGCCUCUGUCCGAUAGAGGAAACGGAAAUGUGUCGCCUGGAAUUCUGCGGGCAUGCUUACUGCAGCAGAUGUCUGUCGGCAAUGUUAAAGGCAGCUAUUGAUAGCCGGGAGUUCCCCAUAACAUGUGCUACGGAUAAAUGCAAUAGGCCUCUUGUGGCGAGAGAUUUUAAAAACUUUAUGCGGACCAAUGACAUAAAGAAGAUGAAUUUGGUAAACGCAUCAGUCAACGACUUUGCCAGAAGAAAUAAACAAUGCUACCGAUUUUGUCGGACGCCUGACUGUCCAAUGAUAUAUAGAGUUAAUUCAUCUGAGAAUAGAUAUGAUUGUCCCCUCUGCCACGCGAAAACAUGCACACGCUGUCAUGUUGAAUACCACGAUGGACUAACGUGUGCCAUGUAUGCCAGUGCAAAGCAGGAUGGCGACUCGGUGCUACGCUGGGUGAAGGAAGAUCCUCAAAACCGGAAAAUGUGUCCUAAAUGUGAAUAUGGAAUAGAAAAGAAUGGGGGCUGCCAACACAUGGAGUGCGUAGCAUGUAAAGCACAUAUUUGUUGGAUUUGCAUGAAGUUUUUCAAAUCAAGCAGGAGUUGCUAUGGACAUUUAACUAGUGCUCAUGGUUCUUUUGUUUGAACAGUUCGUUAUAUAUUGCGGAAUAUACGUCAAUUCUUCAUAGCAUUUUGUGCGUUUGUGUUUUCGGCUAAUAAGUAUUUGCCGAUAAGGGCUGAUUUAACUAUAUGGUUUGUGCUAAACAUUUAUUGAAAAAGUCUUUGUAUAUAAUGUAACUGUUGAUAACAUUAUAACUGAAUUACCUACUUCAUUUAUACCCCUGUCGAAGAAUUUGCGUUGGUCCAUGAAACGAUUUGUGGGAUGGUUGAUCGGUAGACCAUUAGGUUUCCGCACGAUAUUUUGAGCUUUAACACUUUAAACUAUGAUCAUUUUAUAAUGGUUACAAGGGAGCCGGUGGGUAUUUAUGGUCAAUGGUUGAAGGUAAUAAGGGCUUUUAAUAUCAAGGUCAUGACCUCAUGGUAUCUAGAAAACCCUUCGACCCACAAUCAUCUUGAUUAAUAUGCUACAACCUUAGAAGACGCCUUAGUUUAAAGUCAAGAUCACAGGAGCUAAUACCGACAGUUUUUUUUAUGAUACAUAGAGGACGCGUUGAUCCAUGAAUCAAUUGAAACCAUAGUUCAAAAGGUUAACAUUUAGUUAAAUGCGAUGUGUAUUCUCUAAACAUCAGAAUGUUAUCCAGAGGUCGCUUUGGGCUACUAUAAUCUUAUUUAGUUGGCUUGAUAAUCUGGAGAAUAUAAAUUUAAGGUCAAACGGGCAUGCGACUUUCUAACAUUUAAAAGCGUUUCCGCACGAAAGGAAGCCAUUUUUCGAUUGCAAGAUUAUUUUUAGAUUAUGACGACUUGGUUGAGCGUAUAUUUUUUGAUGGGGUGGGCAUACAUCGCUUUACAAACAUAUAUUGCUUCUGGUGGGGUUAUUAUAUGCACGUUUGUUUGGUUAAUCAUCGGUUAUUUGUAUACGAAGUUAAUGUAUUGGUUCAUGAGCCCUCUUCAAAUUAAUAUUGUAAGUGAGUUUCUGUGUUAGUGCAUUAUUUUCACUUUAAAUUGAAUUGCGUCAUGAGAAAAUGAUUUUUUAAUUCGUAUUUACUUUUUAAGAUGAUAAUUUUACUUUUGAUCAUACAAAAAUAUUGGCAACAUAUACAC